UACGGGAUUCGCGUAUAUUAACACGCUGCAAAUUCAUUUCAAUAGAAUUUUAUGAUUAGGAAUAAAAAGAAAAUGAAGAUUAAACGAAGCAAAUCAUUAACACCAGAACCUUCUGGUAGUAGUGAACCAAAAAAACCCAAACUCGAAUUAGAUUCGUCCUUGAAUUUGCAAGAUUUUUGCGAUGACAUUUUACUGAAUAUAUUAAAGUAUUUAAGUCCGCCAGAUCUUUUGGCAUUGAGCUUAUGUAGUCAACGUAUGUCGCAAUUAACCGAAGAUAGAACAUUAUGGAAAAAAAUUGAUUUUCGCAAACAUCAAAUACCUCUGAAAGAUAUAGAAAAAUAUAUUAAAUUCUUUCAACCAACAACAACUAGUCUAUCGAUGCGUGGUGAUUUGGGAGCCAAAGAGGGUAUGAAAUUGACACAAACAUUUUUUCGUACCUUAACCGAUCAUUGCACUCAGCUUAAGGAAUUAAUUAUAGAAAAAUAUUAUAUAGAUGGUAAUAAGAUUGAAAUAACAGAUUUUCCAGAAACGCUUGAAAAGCUUUCAUUCGCAGGAUGUCAAAUGGAUCAUUUGCAAACUAAUAAGUCAUAUUUUUUCAAAAUUGAUCUCCACAUGACUAAUUUAACAUGCUUAAUUUUAAGUCAUUGUCAAUGGCUCUUGCCGCAUUCUUUAUUAGUAAUUAGUAAAAUAGCCAAACUUAAAGAACUUAGAAUGAAUUCUUGUCGUCGUUUGGGUGAAUGCGUGGCUUAUUCAAGUUUGGCUACCAGAUUUGGAUUUAAAAAAUUAGAGACUUUAGAUUUACGAGAUACUGCACUCGGAGAUAGCGAAGUUAGUUGUUUUAGUGGUACUAAAACAUUGAAACAUUUAUAUUUGGAACAUCCAACUAAUAUUAUAAACUACACAGACUUAAAUCCACCUUUCGAAGAUGGAAAUUUUUUUGAAUAUAUACCUGAAAAUCAUUGGGACAAUGAAGGACAUCAAGGACGCUUUAUCUCAGAUAGAGCGAUUCGUGCCAUAGGAACUACUGCAAAAAAAGUUAUUCACACUUCUCCACAUGGGAUUUUAAUUUUAGAAGAAGAAAAUCGUAUAUUUAACAAUCCACCUCUUAAAACAUUAGUUGUUAGGAAUUAUUCACGGAUCACUAAUUCUAGUCUUAUUUAUUUAUCAAAUCACAUAUUAAGUUUAGAAACUUUGGAUGUAACUGGUACAUCGGUUACCAAACAAGGCGUUCAAACAUUCAAAUCAAAAAGACCGAACGUUAAAAUUAUUUCUUCGUUUGAUGAUACGUAGUUACUUUUUAACAUGUUUGAAAGUCUUUAUCGUGCACGAACGUUCGAUGUUUUGUAUAAUUGUCAUACCUUCAGAGGGCAUUUCGUUUUCCAGUUUAUAAAAAAAAAUAAAACAAUCACAACUUGAAGAAAGACUAAUUAUAUAUAUUUAUGGAAUGGAAGAAUAAUAUCC